GAUAACGACGUAGUUAAUAGUUAAUGUAAAAUGAUAACAUAGAAAGAUCUAGAAAUACUGCCGCGUAAAUUGUUUGGCGUUUUUCCUUUCCUCCUCACAACAUGAACAUAACCUGCUCCAACAGUCUGUAAGAUUCGUGGAUAUCUGUCGCUAGUACCAAUCUACGUUUAACUACAUCCCUAGAAUAAGUAAAACUAAUAAUAGUACAUAUUGAAUCGUUUGUAAAUAACGUUUUAUAUUUAAUUGAUACCCUGUUUUCGACAAUGGAUUCAAACGAAUUAUAAUUGAUCUUUUAUAAAACACCAUCAUCGUCGUUAUUGUUAUCAUUGUGAUCGUUAGCAUUAAAAGCAGGAUAAAGCCAAUCGAAUGACAAGACUGUUGUAUUCAUAGAAAAAUUCGUGCAAUGUGUAGUUUUAAACGUCAAUUUGGCAUGUGCGUUUGAAAACAUUUGCUUUCUAAAAUAAGGAAACAUCACAUAUUUAUAACAUCGAAGAAAUGUAAUUCGUCGAGUAUCAUUUGUUUACAAGGAAUUUGCUUGAUAGGUUAAAGCAUCGUACUGAGCAUACAAUUUAUCACAAUUUACGAAAUUUUUGAUUACAUAAAACACAACUGUUAAUAUGUUGAAUCAGAAAUGUGAAAUUUUCUUACCGGUAGACUCAUAUAUUGAGCCACUUUUAAUACGUGUUUUAAGCAAUGAUAAACUUGGAAUAAGUUACGAGACAAUCAAAGCAGAUUCCGUAUCGUCUAGCUGUGGCAAACAAAAAGGAGAUCGUUUUAAAUUAUCUAUCCCCUAUGCUAGACAGAUUCUAACUUGGAAUGUAUUUUUUGACUCUCAGUGCCCUGAAAUGGGACCUGAUUUCAUAUUUAACGAUAAUUUCUUAGCGGACAUGGAUGUAGAUAUCUUGUCUAAUAAGAUACCUAGUCUUGCUAAAUGGAAUCCUAAUAACGAAGAUGCAUUAUUAAAUGUCCUUAUGGAACUUUUAUCAUGUUAUAAAGAAUAUCAGAUACAAUUACUUCAAAAGCAAGUGGAAUUAGAACGUGAAUAUAGUACAUUAAUGAAAACAGAAAUAAGACUACAAGAUGUUGAAAUAAUAUUGUUGCCAUUCGGUUCCAAACCAACAGAGGCUAAAUUCUUAAUCAGCUUGUCAGUUGAUCUUUCACAGUUACAAAAUUAUAGUUGUAAAUCAGAAAAUUAUGUAGCAAUAUUAAUUGUAACAUAUUGUGGAACAAAUUGGAGCCGCAUUAUAUCGCACCUUCACUUAACUAAACCUUUAGAAGAUGUUCUUGGCGGAACAAAUGCAAUGCAGUUACCAAACUUCCCACGAAAUAAAUUUUUAUUUGAUUAUGUAACAGAAGUAAAAAAGUUUAUAACGGAAAAGAUAAAUUCAUUAGCCCAAAGUUUAACAAAACGAAGAAAUUUUAUAGGUGGUUUGCUGAGCAAUCAUUAUUAUGCUUUAAUUGAAUACGAUACGGAAGAUUAUACUUAUGCAACACUUUUAUUUGAUGUUGAAGAUUUUCACUUUGUAGUCUACAUACAGCUACCUUUAGGAUUUCCUCAAGAACGACUUAUAGUUUCGUUACAAUCAAUAUAUCAUAUGAAAGAUCAGUGUGUUCCAUAUACUGAACAGAUAAAAAAUUUUCCUUACAACGCCCAGUGGGAACCAUAUCGAAUGAUAAAAAAAUUAAUGAAACAUAUUCUGUGCAGUAGUAAGGAUUUUAAGUAUAAUUCUAUUAAAACCUGUUCUUAAUAAUCUAUUUUAAAACUCAAUUCAUAAGUUAUAAUUUAUUACAGUUACUUUUAACAAAAAUGACAUUGUCAUUUGAAUACUUACAUACUUUAUAUUUGUUAUUUACUUGUGUAUUGUAGAAAUUGACGAAUGAUAUUUUUUUUUUUACAUUUU